CUCUGAUGACCACAAAGCAUUCACAGCCACAGUCUACGUUUGCAAAAAGUCUGACCUCAACGAGUACAAAUCCCCCUUACUUUAAAGCAGCAGAAAGUACAGAAAUUCCAUCUUACGUGACUAAAUGUCCUAGCAAUGGGCUUUGCAGUAGACUGCCACCAGAGUGUAUGACAUGCAAUACAAACUAUUCCUGCAUAUAUGGGAAGCCAGCCUCCUUUGACUGCAGAGUCAAGCCACAUGUUCAUUGUGUUGAUCAGAAUAACCACGAGCAGGAGAACUUCACAAUUAACAUGACGUGCCAGUUUUGUUGGCAGCUGGCGACAGCUGAUUACGUGUGUACCAACUCUACGAACUGCAUGACGGUUUCUUGUCCGCGACAGCGCUACAACGCCACCUGUACGGUGCGGGAUCAUAUUCAUUGCCUAGGUAAUCGAGUCUUUCCUAAGAUGCUCUAUUGCAACUGGACUGGAGGCUAUAAGUGGUCUACUGCCUUGGCACUAAGCAUCACCCUCGGCGGAUUUGGUGCCGAUCGUUUCUAUUUGGGCCAGUGGCGGGAAGGUCUGGGAAAGCUCUUCAGCUUUGGUGGCCUUGGAAUAUGGACACUCAUUGAUGUGCUGCUAAUUGGCGUGGGCUACGUGGGACCCGCAGAUGGUUCUCUUUAUAUUUAAAUGUGGGUGCACUAUGUCUGGGAGGGGAGGAAUUGCUUGGAAGCCGGGGCUCUCAGAAGAAGGAGUAAAGAUGGGAGCCGCUGAGGUGGGAUGAAGAACAAGUGUUCUUUCUGCGUGCGUACGCUUUAUUGUACAGUAUCUGUACUUAGUUUGCCUUUAACCUAAGGUAAAAUAAAAGAGUGGAUCACUGA